AUGGGUGGCUCCAAUUUCCGCGUCGUCAUUGUGGGCGGCAGCAUCGCCGGCCUUUCGCUGGCCCUGAUGCUGGAGCAGAACGGCAUCGACUUCGUCGUGCUGGAGGCCUAUCCGACGAUUGCUCCCAAUCUGGGCGCCAGCAUUGCCCUGCGCCCCAAUGGCUUCCGCAUCAUGGACCAGCUGGGCGCCUACGAGGACGUCCUGAAGUGCGGCCAGUAUCCCGUCGACGACUUCCAGAUCCACGACCCCAGCGGGAAGCCUCUUUUUGGCGCCAGAAACCUGCGCCGUGGGUGCAUUGAGCGCUAUGGAUACCCCAUCAUGUUCUUCACCCGCAGAGAGCUUGUGCAGAUUCUGUACGACCACAUCAAGAGCAAGGACAAGGUCUUGGCUGCCAAGCGUGUCCAGACCGUCAAAGACCACCAUGACAGCGUUACCGUGACCACCACCGACGGCGAUGUCUUCGAAGCAGAUCUUGUCGUUGGUGCAGACGGCCUGCACAGCGCCAUCCGGCAGGAGAUUGAGAAGAAAGCUUCCGAUCCCGGUGGCUUCAAGACUGAGACUCUUCCAGCGAGGUUCGCAGGUGUUUUCGGCACCUCGGAUUCAGACCUGCAAAGCCCAAAAGGAUCCGUUGUGAUCUGCUCCGGCAAAGACUCCAGUCUCUAUGUCGCGGCCGGCCCGGACGACACGACCUUCUGGAUGGUCUUUUUCAAGCUGGACAAGACGUACCUUGGAAGAGACACGCCAUGCCGUGGAGAGAAGGCCGAAGAGGAGUAUUCGAAGAAAUACUGGGACCAUCCCAUAUCGCCCGGCUACAAGUACUCGGACCUCCGCGAGACGGCCAUCGUUUCAGUGUGCACUCCCCUGCACGAAUACGUCAUUGAGAACUGGCACGCUGGUCGGUGCGUUGUCAUUGGGGACUCAGCGCACAAGGUCAACCCGGUUGGAGCCCAAGGUGGCAAUGCCGCGCUCGAGAGCUCGGCGGCCCUGAUGAACGGCAUCAUGAAACUGCUCAAGGCCCACGGCUCAGAGAAGAUUCCGCGAGAGGAAUUCGGCCCCAUGCUCGACGAGGUCCAGAAUCUGCGGAAGCCCAGGACAAGCUUUCUGUGCCAAAAGUCGAUGGAUUUCCAAGAGUUGUGCGCCGAGACGAGCCCGUUCUACACGGUGAUGAACAGGUACAUCAUGCCAUUGCUCGGCGAAGACGCCAUGUUCGACGACAUUUGCGCAGGCUACCCUUCGGCCGUGUCGUUGGAAUCACACCCCAUCCCCUCGAGGCCGCGGUCUAUCCCGUACUACGACGAACUGAUCCGCCAGCCCAAGCCACGAGGCAUCCCGCUCAGCAUUCUUGUCAGCACCAUCCUGAUAGGUCUGAGUGCUCUUGGCGUCUACCUCCUUCCCAUGCUCAGUAACAUCAAUGGGACUUUCCGUCUCAUCGAGUCAGCUGCGGCGGCGAGCCAUAUCCACGAACUGAACAUUCCACUCCAAUCCCUCGUUGAUGCAGACCAGUUUCCUGGCCUCGACAAGCUCUGCAAGACUAUGGUCGCCGUCUUCCUUCCAGUGGUAUCCGGAGCAGAGGACUUGCGGACAAAGGUGCAGGCCGCCUACUUCCUCGUCGGCGUCUAUCUCCCACUGCUCUCCAUCAUCGCCGUCGAGGGCUACAGGUGGAACAGCAAGAGGACCCUGCUCUGGAGCCCAACCCUCUGGACCGGACUCUCCCAGCUCCUCGGCCUCGGCCUCGUCCUCCCCUUCUACCUCCUCGCCGUCUUCGUCACCUCGCGCGGGCCGAGCUACUGGACCGCGCACGCGCAAGCGGCGCCCACGCACAAGCUGCAAGCGCUGCUCCCCAGCCUCGUCUUCGCCUACCUCGCGCCCUCGAUCGCCAUGUUCGCCCUCCCCGCGACCUCACCCCUCCUCCAGCCCACCAUCGCCUUCUGGCAAGGCUCGCCCGCGCUCGUCAUCCUCGCCACCGAGCUCCUCUCCCGCGCCUUCACGCCGCCGCCCAACCCCAAAGAAACCGCCGCGGCCGUGACCCUCACCAACAAGCCGGAGCCCUUCCUCACCGCCCCGCCCCACCGCGCCCCCGUCGACCUCCGCCCCACCCGCCGCCUCCACUCCUUCACCGCCGCCGCCGCCGCCGCCGUCCACCUCGCCCUCGUCUGCUACGUCGCCGUCCACCCAGACCUCUCCCUCACCUCGACCUUCCUGCCCCCCGCCUUCACCACCACGUUCGCAACCACCACCGUCGACAACCUCCUCGCAGCCCUCACGAACCCCGCCCAAGUCCCAACCAUCGCCCACGGCACCGCCCUCUUCCUCCAAUACGACCUCCUCCUCACCCUCGCCGCCACCUUCCUCUGGUCCGCCCUCACGCUGCACGACCUGCGCCGCGUGGGGCUGACCGAGCGCGCGGGCGCGAAUGCCACGAGCUUGCUGCUGCUGGCCGCGGGGUGGGCGCUCGUCGGGCCCGGCGCCGCGACGGCGCUGCUGUGGCGGUGGAGGGAGGAGUGUGUGGGUGGGUUUGUGCCGAGGAGGAUGGUGAAGGGUGAGGCUGAGGGGCAGGGGUUGACGCAGCGCCAGGAGAAGGUGGUGACGACGACGACGACGGAGGGGAAGGGGAAGUGGGGGAAGUUUGGUCAGGUGGAUCCGGAGGUUGUGGUGGGUGUGGGGAAGGUUUGGUGA